CCGGCCUCCCUGCCAGGCCUCCUCAGAGUUAACAGCAGCCUGGCUUCACCCUUGGCCAGCAGUUGCAAGUCCAAACAGGCUUCGCCCACAUUCCCUGGCUGCUCUCCAGCCCGCAGCGGAGACAACAAAGUUCAGUGACUGAGAGGGCUGAGCGGAGGCUGCUGAAGGGGAGAAAGGAGUGAGGAGCUGCUGGGGAGAGAGGGACUGUCUGGCUCCCAGAUGCUGGGCCUCCUGGGGAGCACGGCCCUCGUGGGAUGGAUCACAGGCGCUGCUGUGGCGGUUCUGCUGCUACUGUUGCUGCUGGCCACUUGCCUUUUCCAUGGACGGCGGGACUGUGACGUGGAGAGGAACCGUAUAGCUGCAGGGGGAAACCGAGUCCGCCGGGCCCAGCCUUGGCCCUUCCGGCGGCGGGGCCACCUGGGAAUCUUCUACCAUCACCAUCAUCCUGGCCACGUAUCUCACGUGCUGAAUGUGGGCCUCCACCACCACCACCCCCGCCACACCCCUCACCACCUCCACCACCACCACCACCACCACCACCACCCCCACCGCCACCACCCCCGCCACACUCGCUGAGGCUGCUGCCGCCGAUGCCUAUGGACAAUAGCUGCCCCUGCCCUGCCAUCCGUUCCCAGGACAAGUGGACCCCAUGUUUCCAUGUGGAAGGAUGCGACUCUGGGGUGAAUGAGGGGAACAAUGGCCUGGGGCUUGCUCUGGCUGCAUUUGCAUGCUAUGCCCCAGUGUACUAUGGCAGCAGAGAACAGAAGAACACUGGGGCCUGAAGUGCUGAAGGGUUUGGGGAGUGGAGAGUAAGGGUGCUCUUUUGGGGCUGGACAGCCCACCUUGUGACUGUAACUACCAGUGAGCCCAAGAAGUGACAAGGGUGUCUUGGCAGAGCCAGCACACAAGUGGAUGUGAAGUGCCCGUCUUGACCUCCUCAUCAGGCCGCUGAAAGGCCUCUGGCGGGCGGGGCACUGGGAGAGGCCCUGAGAAUGUCCUUUUGGUUUGGAGAAGGCAGUACGAGGCUGCACAGUCAAUUCAUCGGUGCCUUAGUCCAAGAAAAUAAAAACCACUAAGAAGCUUUUGUGAAGAGGCUCUUGAUUGCAGCGGGAGGGAGCUGCCCGGCCUGUGUCCUCAUUGCCCUGGGACCUCCCUCUCUGAUGGGAAGUGUGUGCCUGGAGCAGGCGGCUUCUGUCUGGGUCUUAGGGGCUGGUUGUGGAGUGGGAAGAAUUGGGUGGGCUCUUUCUGAGCUCUGAGGGAGGAUUCAGGGUUUGCACAAAACCCUGUCCACAGCAGGUCCUGUGUGCACCAGCAGGGCUCUGGCCUUCCAUGGGACAGUCCAGGGCCUUGGGGAGAGGAAGGUUGGAGCCACUGUGAGGCUCGCUUCCCAGGGCUCUGCCCCUGUACUCUUUUCAGCCCAUGUCCGGGGCAGACUGAGCUCUGAAACUCGAGGAAGCCCCAUCCACCGGCUGCCUUGAAUCCACUUUCCUUGGUAACUGGGUCAGGGUUUCUUCUCCAAGCCUUGUGUCUUCAGCCAUCCUGCCCCAGUUGGUGCCUGUGGGUGGUGGGAGGGUUGGGAGGCAGCGAGUGGAGUUUUUUAAAGUGGAGUCUGUGGUGCUGGGGUGCAGGGUGUUGGAUGGCCUUGGGAGAAUGCUGGGGUCUCACUGUCCUCUUCUCUGCAAUGGGUUGGAUAACAGAGAUGCCCCCUUGCCAAAGCCUGGAGGCUCGUUGGAAUAUGCUCUGUGAACAGCUGGUGGGAUCCACAGCGAGGGAGGAAGUCUGGCUCUGAGGCCUUCAGCCUGUGCCUGUGAGAUGAGGUGGGAAGUCGGGGGAGAUGAGGACUAGGGGCCAGGAGAGGCAGUGGGGAGGGGCCGGAGAGCAGGCCAGAGAGUCAGGGGCCUGGUGACUCACGGGAACAGAAUGUCCUCUUUCCUUUCUAUUUCCCAGUGGAUUCUCUGUGAGGGCUGGAGGAGGAGGGUGUGAGAGAGAGAAGGAGGCAAAUUCACACUGAUUUCCUCCACCUUAGGUUUCUGGGUUGGGAAAGUGGACCCUAGGCUGCCGUGCAGUGUUGAUUUUCUCUGCAGUGUCCUUCAAAUCCACCCCCUUCUCCAUUCCCAUGCCUUGCCUAGCCCAGCCCCCUCCAUCUCCCUCCUCGAUUCCUGCCAUGACUCCUCUGGCUGCUCCCUGCAGCCCUGCCCUUUUCCCAAGUAUCUCCAGGCUGAUUUCACAGAUGAAUCAAAGACGGAGAGGAGGUUCCCUGAAAGCCGGAAACAGGAAAGGAAGCCUAUGCAGGGCAGGAGAGAACCUGCUGAGUAAUCGGCCUUUAUUCCAGUUUAAAAAUGAGGAACCACUCAGACAAUCUGCAGGUGGCCUACAGCUGCAUGCACACAGGAAGAACAGGCAAUGAGAAGUCAAAGGAACAAAUGUUCAAGCUUGAGGCAUAGUCCCCUGGUGCCCUCUAUCACCCCAGUUAAGGAGGUGAUGUUGGUAACUCAAUCUGAAACCACAGGCCCUGCAGAUCUGCCCAUCGUCUCCUUCCUUCUGGCCAUCCCAGUUAAUACAAAUAAUCCAAGGAACUGGCUUCCUGUUGCAGCCCACAGCCUGCUCCAUGUGGAGGAGGAGCCCACGGCCCAGCUGGUCUCAUCAUCUCAGAAAAGGGACAGAUUGAGAAUACGACAGGCCAUCGCUUGCUCUGAAAAGCUGCUCUCCCACUCUGUGCAAAGUGCCAGUUUCCUAAUACUGGUUCUAAAGCAAGUUCCCUUGGGCCUUGGAGAAACUGAAAAGGCCCCAGGCUGUGUGAACUUGGGCCAGCCCUCUGCCCUUUCUGGCACUUUGCACCCAGAUCAGUAAAAUCACAGAAUCAGAUGGUCGCUCUGUGGUCCCACGGUAACUGGAAAGUGCACUGAGCUAGGAGUGGAGGGAGGGCGGUCCCUCCUCAGCCACUGCUGCUUCUGUUAACAUGGCUAAUUCAGAAUAGGCUACAGGCAGGUCAUGUAACCUCUAUGACCACAGGAUCUUUAUCUAUAAAAUGGAGGCUGUAUUGCUAUCGCUAUGCAAGGGUGCUGGGGAGGUUAUAUGAGAUCAUGUCUGGUGAGGUCCCAUGCCUGGAGUUAUUGUUCUCACGACUCUGUUUCCCAGAAUAGGGACAAAGUGGGGCUAAUAGUCCAGUCUCCUUUCUAGAAGUGGUGGGGGUCUCAGGAGGUGUUGGGUGUGAAAGGGCUCUGACCUGGCAGACUAACUCAGUUGCCUGGGCCUAGCUUAUUCCCCUGACCUCCUGGCAGGGAGCAGGGUGGAAAUGGCCUGGGGUGCGCCUGAUGGGGCAGGAUAACUGCUGAGCGGGGGUUGGACAGCUGCAGUGUGGGUCCUGGGCCCUCGCUCACAAUUGGAGGAAAGAAUUCAGGAAGUGUUCACAGUUGCUCAGACAUCUUGGAGCCAAGUUCCAAGUAGGACGGAGGCUGCAGCACCCAGGGAGGAACGCCAAGGUCCCUGGGACAGCCACCAGUCCAGGAGGUCGCAGCACCAGGUACAGCCAGGGCUGGCCCUUGGGAAGCCCAGGGGAGUCUGUGCUCACGUCUUCCAGGACAGUGCUUCUUCUAGAAGCUGACAUGGAGCUGACCACAGCUCUUGGAGGCCUGGCCUGAGGCUUAGAAAAUAGACAGAGAUCAUCUGAGAUUUGAGCAGUGGCACCACGUGGCGGUGCCCGAUGGCCUGGAGCAGGAGCAACCCAGGGACUCGGAGCAGCAUCUUCUUAGGAGACAGAGGGAGGGCCGCCGGAGGAGCACCGGGCACCUGUGAUCGCCAAGUGCCUCCUGUUCUGGAUGGGAGCGAAGGCUCUGAGAGGACCUAAGGUUGCUCAGCGGGCCAUGGAAACGGCAGUGAUUGGGGUGGUGGUGGUGCUGUUCGUGGUGACUGUGGCCAUCACCUGCGUCCUCUGCUGCUUCAGCUGUGACUCGAGGGCCCAGGAUCCUCAGGGGGGCCCUGGCCGCAGCUUCACGGUGGCCACGUUUCGCCAGGAGGCUUCUCUCUUCACAGGGCCUGGUCGCCAUGCCCAGCCAGUGCCGAGUGCCCGGGACUUCUGGACCUUCAUGUGAGGCCUGAGUCCCCAGGAUUUGCUGUGCCGAUGGGUCAGACUCACCCACCCCUCAGCAGGCCUUCCUGGGCCUUCCCCUCCUCCCAGAGCCUUCUCCCCGUCCUUCCCCUCCUGUACUGUGAACUUCCUGUUUCCUCCCAUUCCAGCCUUCUCUGCCCUCCAGGCUUGGGGAUCCUUGUUACUGGGACCCCUGACAGCCCAGCCAGGGUCGACCCACAGGAUGGGGCUUAGGAGGGGUCUGAGGAGUGAGUGAACAGACACAGCGCCGGACUGCACAGUCGGCUGGCUUUGCGAUCUACACCGGCCACUGAAAUAUCACUGGAAUGUAUUGUAAACGGUGUGCCUAUGACUCCCACCUGAGCACGCAGCACCCUCGAGUGGCCAUUUUUAGAAACCGCUUCUUACUUGCUCUCCCAAUUGAUUACUUUUGCACAUUGCACAGAACCCAACCUGGAGGCCUGCUCCCUGCCAGUUGCCUGAAAUCAGCCCUAAAAUUCUGAAACCAAAGAGGUGCUUCCUGGGAACAAGUGAUUUACUUUAGAUUUGAAAAUGUAUAUCCUUUUAUGGGCCUUUCCAAAUCUGAUUUGAAAAACCACAAAAGGAAACAGAAGAGAAAACAAGAGCCACAGAAAGUACAAUAUGUUUUAUUGACAGGAAAGCCAGAAAUAAGAUUUUUUAAACAUAUUUUUAAUGAGACUUUAUUGCUAUAUUCCAACAGAUCACUUCUAUUCUUAGAGAAUGUGAAUGACUUGUGUCACUUCAGAGUGACAGAAAAAUCAGGAACCGAAAGAUAAUUCCAGACAAGUUAAAAUGUUAUGUUACAUUCAGAGCUCUUGUUUUCAUCACAAAUAAGGAGAUACUCAGUUUUUAUUAACAGAAAACCCAUUCUCCCGUGGCCAUGGAAUAAAUGCUGUGCUAUAUUUAAGGAA